AUGCACAUUCAGAUGUUCGCUGUAGCUCAACCAAUUCCCGAAGAAUACCAUGUUGACGAAAAAGAAGACGGCGAAGAGAGAAGCUCAGAACUUCAAAGAAAAGCUUCGAAGUUGAAUUUGUUUUCAGUUGGGUGCUACCAUGGCUUCAUAGUUUCCUGUUCUUCAUUUCAUUAUGAAAAGGCUCUGUCACAGGUCAACUGUUGCAACUCGUGUCGUGUGCUCAAGCCCCCUCGGGCACAUCAUUGCAAAAUUUGUCGCCGUUGUAUUCUACGGAUGGAUCAUCAUUGCCCUCUAUUACAGGUAUGUAUCCACCAUCACAACCACAAAUUCUUCUUGCUCUUUCUGUUCUGGCCAUGCUGCCUUGGGAUAUUCGUCACGCUGAUCACUAUACCGUACGCGUUUCGUACCGCUUACAUUCUCUGGAUGGGCGGAACGCUCUCUUCAGAACAUCAUCUCCUGAACAGUGCCAUAAUGAAUGCAAUGGUGAUUGCCGUCUCAGUGGGUUCCCUUCUGAAAACGCAAAUACAAAGCCUCUUCUUAAAUCGGACCACUAUCGAAGAUUCACAGCUCAGUUUUCUUGACGAGGAUGAGAUGCAUCAUGAAUUUGCGAUAUUUGAUCUUGGAUCACGUUGGGAGAAUUUCUGUUCAAUAUUUGGCAAGUUUCCCGGGACAUGGCUGAUGCCUGUCUAUACGACACCUGGCGACGGUGUCAGCUACAAAUAUGUGGUUCGUCGUGGAAAUGAGUUCGCAACUCCGGCACCUCCUCCACGAAAGAAGCCAUUUUGGAGGGUUCUCUGCUAA